AUGGCAUCGCCUAUCCCAGAUAUUGCUGCCUCCGAAGGCUUACAGCAGGGCACUCGCGUGCCAGUCACAGACCAGAAACCACAAUUCAUUGUCAACAUUGGUAACUUUCUCAGAGACCACAAGCUUCUAAAGAUGAGAACUGGGUUGUUGAACAAUCAGCAAGAUAUUUCUUUCUUCAGACUCAAGCGGUUGAUCCGUCUUCUCUUGAGUGACGAGUACAAAAAGAAGUCUUCAAACCCAAGAAACCAGUUGGUUCCCAUCCCUAAUCAGGAGGAGGCUCAGAAGAUCCUUCUUCUGUUGAUUCUGGCUAAAAUGGUGAUCCCAGUGGAGAAAUUACACUAUGCACAGAUCAAGGAGAACAAGGGCUGGAAGCCUAAUAGAGAAAAGCCCACUUUGAGGCCACACAUGAAGGUGGACUUCCUGCCUGAUUCUUAUUUUGCCUGGGUGUAUGAGAAGCCUAAUCCAUACAUGAUGUUGUAUGCUGUGUUGAUGCUUGCGGGAGUGUUUGCCGUUGUGUUGUUCCCAUUGUGGCCCAGAUUCAUGAGAACUGGUGUGUGGUACUUGUCCAUGGCCUGUUUGGGUCUUUUGGGUUUGUUCUUUGCAAUGGCCAUUGUACGUUUGAUAAUUUUCUGUGUUACGUACUUGGCCUUGCCACAGGCGUUUUGGUUGUAUCCAAAUCUUUUCGAGGACUGUGGAUUUUUCGAGAGUUUUGUGCCAUUGUAUGCCUGGAGUGAUCCUGCUGGAAAGAAGAAGACCAAGAAGUCUAAGAAGUCCAAGAAGAAUGUUCCUAAGAUCGAGGAGAUUACUGAUGAUACCACUGGUGCUGAGACUACUGGUGCUGAACCUUCUGCUACUUCUGCCAAGAAAAGAGCCGUUACUUUGGAGGAAGUUGACGAGUAA